AUGAAUCCAAAUCCCAAAGGCCAGGACCUCCGAGACGUCUGGGAUGACUUAAGUCAGGGCCAACGACAGAAAAUCAUACUACAAUUGAAGUCUUAUAUAGUAGAGCUACGCUCGAUCAAGGGCACCUUCAUCGAUUCUGUUGACGGCACGUAUUGCGAAGACCCGGUCUUCUGCGCUGAGCUUGGCGGGUUUAGUCCUUAUAAAACUGAAGCGGAAUUCAACGAAGGCCUCAUCAGAGCGAUGAACCUUUCACAACAAAACACCAGGGUCGACCAUGUGACCAGGCUCGUCAGGGCGUUACCCAAGCAUGAGAUCGUGCUCACCCACGCCGAUUUUUCUCCCCGAAACAUACUCAUUCGCGGCGACAAGGUCGUUGCCAUCUUGGAUUGGGAAAUGGCGGGCUUUUAUCCUGCGUAUUGGGAAUAUAUCAAAGCAAUGUACCAUCCUGACUGGCAAAGCGGAUGGAUCAAAGACGGCGCAGUCGAGAAGAACUACGACCUUACCACCUUGAGCAUGCGGUUCUGCUACACAUGCAGGAAAUCGUCUUCUGACCGGAAAUACCGUUAUUAUUGCCUAUUCAACGGACUGAAGAUCAAUUUCAUUUGAAAGAUAUCAAAUAUAACGCAAUACAAAAAAGACAAAAACAAAAACAAAAGGAAAACAGACAGAGAAGCACCGAAAACAGUCCACCGCGCAAUGUCUCCUGCCUCGUCACGUCACAAAUUCCAUUGCCUUCGCUUUACCCCCAUUAUCACCCGACACGCAAUGUACCGCGCCCCUCACCAUAUCUCUGACAACCUUAACCUCACCACCGACCGGCCUCGAUUCCACACGCAUUAUCGUCUUCUUGACUAUCAGUUAGACGAAAACAUUAUUCGGCUUCAGGCGCUUUCCCCCUGACUUGUAGGCCUAGAACCACAGGUUCCACAGCUCCCAACGCUGGCACUACCCCCCGAGGGUAGUGCAGAAGCGCUGGACAUUGCCGCCAGCUCCUCCCGCGAGGGCUCGACUUGACUCUCGUAGUGGGCCUUUGUUCCCGGUGGUACAAGGCUUUUUCCUUCGAGUUUUUCCAGGACCGCUACGGUCCAGCGCUGGCAUCGCUGCAUCGGUACGGCCUGUGCUGCCGCCUUCACUUUGUUCACGAAGAGAUUGCGGACCGACAAAGACUGGCAGUGCUUGCAUGGAUCAUGCCAAACAGCCCCGCAGAGAAA